CAGGCAACGUGCCGUGCGGUACGCCCGGGCCACGGCCUGGCGAGCGGGUUCACGUCCUGGUGGACGCUGAAGACGCGUCGGACCCGUUCGCCGCCCGCUCGGAACGUUCUCUGAGCCUCCUCCCAGGCGCUGGACCGACGAUAAGAAGCAAGAACCGCGGCAUAUCUCCCGUGGCCUUCUGGACUGGACUAGGCGUGGAACGAACGGCGGCCCAAAGUUGCCGACGUCAGCUCCUCCCGUUGUGGACGGCGACGAGAGUUUGUUUGGGGUCUUUUUUCCGGGCGAGCGGUCGGGCCGGAAGUGCAUUCGGGCAGUUGUUCGGGGCGGCCCGGCCCGGUUGGCUGUUCCCACUCGUUCUUGGGAAUAAGUUUGGACUUGUGCAUUGUGAGUUGUCAGUACAGGUACAAGGGUGGUGUAACAGCUGCACCAUAAACUGCAUUUCGUGUCCCUGUGAUGCUUGUCGGAUCAAGUUUUGGUUUUUUUUCUGCUGUUGGGAAUAAAACGCUGACUGUCACAUUUGGGCGUGGCUUGGUCCCGAUUGUUGUCGUUCGUCGGAUGCUUUGCGUGACACUUUGAAGACGUUUCCCAACAAUGAUGUGCUUCUAUUUUGAACAUAAUUCUCCUCCGGGAUGAAAUCUUAACCCCUGCGUGACGUCAGGAAGAUGACAGGAGCCGCCCAAGCGUGGAGCGCUUUGCCGUCUUCGCCUUGCUGGAAAUUCCAAGCUGCGCCUGCGCCCGCCGCAAAUCCCGGCAUAGUUGUUGUUGUUGUUGCAGGUUUUUUGUUUUGGGAGCGGGCGGACGGCAGCGGCCGAGGACUUGUCGGAGAUGACAAAUGGAGUCCCUGAUGAGCGCCGUGUCGCCCCGCUCGCCGGCGCCCGGCAAGAAGUUCUCCGAGGUGGACUUCCGCUCCGGGGCGAGCCUGGAGCGGCUGUCCGCUCAAGUGUCCGAGCUGGUCCUGCUGGAGCGGGCCGGCUUCGUGGACCAGACGGCGUUGGAGGUCCACAUGGCCAAGGACUUCAUUUUCAACAUGUUAGGUUUAGUCCAGAAGGUGGAUCAGCGCCUGCCGGUGGCCAACGAGUACCUGCUGCUGUCCGGAGGGGCCCGAGAGGGGGUCUUGGACCUGAACCCGGAGGACCUGGGCGACUACGCCAGAGGCGCCGACUUCGACCUGGACUUCACCCUACUGGUGCCGGCUCUCAAGCUCCAUGACCGCAACCAGCCCGUGACCCUGGACAUGAGGCGUUCGCCGCCGUGCCACUCGUGGCUCAGCCUGCGGCUGUGCGACUCCGACGUCCUGGCCCGCUGGAGGUUCUGCUGCCAGGAGGAGAGCCCGCUUCCUGCUGAGGACGACUACGACUACGAGGACGGAGGAGAAAUGGAAAAAGGCUCGCCCCCCUCGCCGGACCGCAGCCGCUUCCCGGAAGGGUGCUACUUCUCCCCGGCCCUGGUGACGGACUGGUUCUGGGCCGCGGUGAGCGAGGCGGUGGAGGAGCUGCGGCGAAGCCCCCAAAGAGGCCUUCCCACCCCCGAGCGACUGGAGAGGAACGGGCCGCUCGCGACCGUGGUCCUUCAGGCUGGCUCCAGCAGGGUGCUGUACGACCUGGUGCCCGUGGUGUCGUUUCGGGGCUGGCCCGCCGUGGCUCAGGGCUGGCUGACCGCAAACCACUUCUGGGAUGGCAAAAUCACAGAGGAGGAGGCCAUUUCGGGCUUCUACCUGCUGCCUUGCUGCUCGCCGCCGGGCGGCCGACCCGACAGGGAGUGGAGGCUGGCUUUCUCCCGCAGCGAGGUCCAGCUGAAGAAGUGCAUCCCGUUCCCCAUGGCGCAGGCUUUCCAAGCCGCCAAGGCGGCGCUGGCCGCCAUCCUGGCCCGUCCCCGAGCGGGUCUGGGUCUCUACCACCUGCGCACGCUUCUAUUUUGGGCUUGCGAUCGACUCCCCGCCGCCUACCUGUCCCGCCCCGACUCGGACGCCCCCGGCCGUCUCCUUUUGGGUCUCCUGGAUGACCUGGCGCACUGCGUCCUGGGUAAAAACUGCCCAAACUACUUCCUGCCGCAGCGCAACAUGCUGGAGCACUUGACGGACGGGGAGGCGCUCCUCGCGGCCCGGAAACUGGCCCACGUGCGGUCCGACCCCGGCGAGCACCUGCGGGCCGCUCUGGACCGAGCCCGGCAGGCCGGCCGGCUCAAGGAGGAGCUGGCGGCCGGCGCCGACGGCUCCCCGGGGCGUCGGCCGCUCGACGGCGUCGCUUCGCCUUCCGAGGACGGGCUGGCCCGGCGUCUGCGGCGGCUGGUCACCGAGAACCCGGGCAAAUCCAUCUCGGUCUUCCUCGACCCGGACGACGUGACCCGGCCGCACUUCCGCAUCGACGACAAGUUCUAUUGAGGCCCGCGCGCUCUCUUCCGCGGGCCUCGGCCCGAUCAAACCGCGGGAGCGGUUUUUGCUUUUUGCGUUUUACGAUCGGCGCUCGACGUUCACGGUCAGAAAGCGGGAAGGACGAGAACGGAACGUCGCGGAGAGAGCCGCCGAUGUCUUUCUCAGCUACCGAGAAUCCUUAAAUUGUCAACAGACCCCCCCGCUUCACUGGACAACGGAAUGUAGCGAUUGCAAAAAGAGGGACGGUCAAUCUCUCUUGUUUCAUCUGCUGUUUUUGUCCGACUUGGAUGUUGACUGGCCAAUUGUUUGAGCUACUUGAAGUGUGUGAGUCCAACCAAAGCAUUUCAAGCGGCAACUAUCGUACGUGUAACGUCGCCGGAGGUCCGUGCAGACGAUUCCGCGUUCUUGCAGUUGUAAUUGUGCUUUGCCGGGUUAGCAUGAGAACAUCUGCGCUAUUUUCGUCUCAUCUUGCUGCUGUUUUGAUUCCAGCUGCUAACUUGUCAACGUCGCUGCGCUUCGGCGCUAAAAUCUCCUUUCGGGCCGGAACAUGCCAAAUAUUUCCGACGAGGGCUUUCGCUUGAUCACUUUGCGCUUCGGCGUUCAAUAAAUGACUUUUAAAUCAGAA